AUGCCUGUCUUAAACUUGAGUGAGCUGAACAUUGUGCUCAGCGUCUUGGGCGCUUUCACUGUUCUUUAUGGUAUUAUCUCUGUCAAGAUCAAGCAGGCUUGGUAUCUUGGUGAAGCCCUACCCGCUGUCGCCAUCGGUGUCAUCCUCGGUCCUAUAGCAGCCAAGUUUAUAGAUAGUGAGAGAUGGGGCUCUGCGGAACCUGGUCAGACCAGUGCCAUCACUCUUGGCCUUACCCGUGUCAUGAUCGGUGUCCAACUGGUCAUCGCCGGCUAUCAACUCCCCGCCAAGUAUGGUCUCACACGAUGGAAGGAGAUGGCCCUCUGUCUUCUCCCCAUCAUGACCGUCAUGUGGCUCUGCACAACCGCUUGUAUCAUGGUCACCAUCCCCAAGCUCACCUUCCUCGCCGCCCUCGUCAUCGGAUCCUGCGUCACCUGCACCGACCCGAUUCUUUCUCAAGCCAUCGCCAAGGGACCCUUCGCCGAUAAAUACGUCGCUCGACCUCUCCGUGAGAUCAUCUCUGCCGAGGCCGGUGCCAACGACGGCUUCGGAUUCCCAUUCCUUAUGCUGGCUACCUACCUGAUUCAACAUGCCGACAUCCCUGGCGCUGGCGCUAAGGCUGCCGCGGGUGCUGCUGCGGAACAUGCUGCUGGGGCCGCUACCUCUGUUGCUGAACACGGUGCUGCCCAGACUGGCCAUGCGGUGGCCGAGGCUGGACAAGCUGUUGCUCACACUCUGAUGGCUCGUGCUGGUGAGGUUGGUCGUCUUGGUGGUGGUGUCACUGAGGCUCUCAUGAACUGGUUCGUCGAGACAUGGCUGUACACCAUUGUCUUGGCCAUCGCUUACGGUGCUGUUGUCGGAUACGGAGCAUGCAAGAUUAUCAAGCUCGCUCUCAAGCACAAACUUGUCGACAACGAGUCCUACGUCCUUUUCCCCAUGGCCCUUGGCCUCUUCCUCGUCGGUAGCUGCGGUGCCAUCGGAACCGACGAUCUCCUCGCCUGCUUCGUCGCCGGUUGCGCCCUUAACUGGGACGGCAACUAUCUCCGCGAGACCGAAACCCGUCACGACGAAGUCAACUCUUGCAUGGACGUCAUCCUCAACUUCGGCGGCUUCAUGUACAUCGGCGCCAUCCUUCCCUGGGAGAGCUUCAACGACCCCACCGGUACCGGCAUCACCCUCCCUCGUCUUAUCGGUCUUGGUUUCCUCAUCCUCAUCUUCCGUCGUCUUCCUGCCAUCUUGGCCUUCUACAAGCUCAUGCCUGACGUUUGCACCAGCUGGAAGGAGGCUAUCUUCAUGGGAUACUUCGGUCCUAUCGGUGCUGGCGCUGUUUUCUACGUUGAGCACGCUCGUCACUUGUUCCCUCAUGAUGGUGAGGGUGAUGCGGAAGAGACCAACCUGGUUCGCGCCAUGGGUCCUACCGUCUACUGGCUCGUUCUGUUCUCUAUCAUUGUCCACGGUCUUUCCAUUCCUGCUCUCAACAUCAUCUAUCACUACUCCGGCAAGCAGCCCAUCAAGGACGAUGCCGUCGAGGUGCGCCGUAUCUCCAUGCGUGUCGCCACACCUACCAACGCCAUUGCUGGCGAUACCGAUACCUUCAUCGCCUACAACCGUUUCAGUCGCCACAUGGGCCCUGAGGUUAACCGUCUGCCUAUCCAGAAGGAGACACAGUACUGGUCUGAUGAUGAGGAGCCUAUCCGGGAGCGUCCUAUGCAGAAUCGGAAGAGUGGAUUGACUUGGGCGAACCAACCGAACCCAGUCUAA